AUGUCUAAAGAAAAUAUUUCUAAAGUUAAUAAUAUUGAAAGUAUUGAUAAUUUUGAAGAAAUAAUCGAUUCUUGUGAAAGUAGUACAGCUAUUAUUGAAACAAAUAAAGAUAUAAAGGAGCUAACCACACUAGAAAUCGCUUGUGAAAAUAAUUCAAAAAGAAAAGUAUGUUAUCAUGAUAUUGAUAUGUUUGUGACAACAUUACAACAAUCAUAUAAAGAUCAUGUUGGUGUUAUGGUUAGCAAUCAAGGUUAUUCAGAUAAUGCAAAUGAAAAAGGAAAUGAGUUUAGGAUAAUGAUGUGUAAAACAGAUAAUCUUAUUAAGAAAUUGAUGAAUCAUAUUGAUGCUUUAAAGAAAGAAAUUGAAAAUUAA